CGCUGAGCGCUAUGGAAGGGUCCGCGGUGCUGCGCGUGCAGCGGAAGCGCAGCGGGACGGAGCCGGCCGAGGCGCUGCUCCUCGCCUGCAAGCGACUGCGCAUGGAGGACGUUGGCGGUGCCCUGGCGGUAGAGAGGAACCUUUUCAAACUGGUGGCGACCGUGUCCUCUAAGAAUGAACCAGUUCAUAAAUACGUUCAGGAAGUGAUCACUCGAGACAAAGCAGCGCAAAGCCUGCGACCCUCUUUAGGAAGCACUCAGCGAAUCAUGAAGGAACUCCGUUCUUCCAAGCAAAAGACAAGGAAGGAAAACCGUUACCAUGUAAUAGCCAACAAUCGACCUAACUGUAGUCAAAAUAUUGAACCUGUUGUAAAUGGUGAGGCAUCAACUGAUGGUGACAGAUCAGACUCUGAAGCAAGGGAAGAUGCUUCACAAAAGGCGAGCAGUGCUGCUGGGAGUUUGAACUGCUGUGGGCAAUUCCAGUUGUUUGAUAUUGUACAAGAAGAGGAGGUGGUGGGAGACUCCAGCGUAACUGCUGCAAAUCUGCAGCCAUUUUUUAUUUUUUCUCAUCAGAAGACUGAUCCAGAUGUGAUCCUCUGCAAUGCAGUAGAGAUGAUCCGUGAGCGUUUGAAUAUUUCUGAAGAUAGUGAAAAGGAACACGAGAAAGAAGAUGAGUAUGUUUAUGACAUCUACUAUAUGGAAUCAUCAGCCCCUGGCUGGAUCCAAAAUAUUCUUUCUGUACAGCCCUACAGAGAAGAAUAUGAACUGGUAAAUGAUGAUAAUGUUCCAGACGAAACAGAUGAAGAUGAUGAAAAUGACGAAAAUAACUGGCGUAAUGACUAUCCCGAUGAAGAUGAAUUCUUACCUGAGGAAGAUAGUGAUGAAGAAAAAGAGUCUGAAGACAGCUUCAGUGAUGAGGACCAGUGCUACAGGAGAACAUGGAACAAAUACCGACAAGAGGUUCUACAGGAAUUUGGAUACGAAGAGAUCCAGGAUUUGGAGUCUGACUAACCGUCCUUUUUCUGAAGAUUAAAUGCACACUGAAGAUUAAA